AUGACGUUUCUAGAGUAUUACUCAUUUGAUCGUGGUGGUACAUACCGUAAGAGGAGUCAGGGCAUCAGAAAGAGUUUUUCAAAAAAAUGUAAUUGUCCAUUCAAGUUGCAAGGUUAUUAUUCGGAAUAUGGUUGGAGGGUAAAUGUGAUAGAUCAUACACAUAAUCAUGACAUAGAUGAUGUGUAUGGUCAUGCGUUUGCCAGACGUUUUUCUCCAGCCGAAGAAGAAUGGGUACGGAGGCAGUAUUACUUAAAACUGAAUGCGCAAGGUAUUUUUGAUGGAUUGAGAAAGGAAUUUCCAAACAACCUGUCUCUCAUCAAAGGUGUACACAACUUACAGAAAAAAAUAAGAAACGAAGAGGCCCAGAAGAUUGGAAAUACUCCAAUGCAGGUGCUUUUGUCAGUGCUACAACAAUUCCAUUACACUUACGAGUAUACAAUGAACGUAUAUUCAAACCGGAUGGAAAAUCUGUUUUUUAUGUACCCAAAAUCAUUUGAGAUUUGGCGUGCAUUCCAUAACGUGUUGUUCAUAGACUCCACCUACAAAACUAGCAAAUAUGGAAUGCCAUUUGUUGAGAUUGUAGGCGUCACUUCAACGGGCAAGACAUUUCUUAUAGCUUGUGAGUUUAUAGUAAACGAACAGGAGGCCAACUAUGUUUGGGUGUUACAGACUUUAAAACGGACACUUGGUGAAGGUUGGCCCGUGAGUCUUAUAAUUACUGAUAGGGAGCUAGCACUGAUGAAUGCAUGUCGGAAUGUGGUGUCGAAUGCUGCGCGACAACUCUGUAGAGUUCACAUAAGGAGGAAUAUAAUAAAACAUUGUGAGCCGGUAUUUAAGAAUAAGGGGACUCUUUAUUCUUUUCUUCAUCGGUGGAAAGUACUUAUUGAAUCUUACACGAUUGAGGAUUACAUCACUAGAGACGAAGCACUUCAAGAGUAUUUGAAAAGUUAUCCAGGUGUUUAUCGUUAUGUAAGCUUAAGUUGGUUGUCGCAAUAUAAGGAAUUUUUUGUGUCUUGUUGGGUGGAUCUACACCUCAACUUUGGCCAAUACAAUACGAAUAGAGUCAAGUCGGAGCAUGCGCUGUUAAAGAGUCACUUGGAUGGCAAAAUAGCGCGCCCACAUAGGCUUGUUGAGUGCAUUACUCGUAUCGUAGAUAGUCAACAUAUAGCAAUCAGAGAAACCUUUUCAAAAAGCAAGAUUAAACACAACACAGAUUACGAUUUACCAUGUUUCAAGAGACUACAUGGGUUCGUUUCCCAUAAUGCUUUGGAAAUCAUGCUACAAGAGAUUAAACGUAUCAAAGACGAUGAUAUAGCGGGGGACUCAUCUCAUUGUGGUUGUAAGUUAUUUACCAGUUGUGGGCUACCAUGUGCUUGCGGACUUGUAUUCUAUGUCCACCAUGGUUAG